UGGAACAUGUUUUGUUUAUAUUUAAUAUAGUUAACAUAAAAGAAAAGAAAGUUCGUUCUGCUCUUCGUCACUGAAUUGAUACAGUUUGUCAAUCCUCAUUAUGUGAUACAAUUUUGUGCACAGUCAAAGUCCGCAGAAAUGGUGUUGAGGUUUACAGCUCUGCUGGUGGAAGUCCGAAACCCACUGGUCACCUGUGUGGUUCAGCAACCUCAAGCAGUCCGGAUGUGACGUGGAUGACAUGUGACAACACAGCUAGAUACAUCACACUCUAUCAGAAAAUGUACAACACAGCGCCUGGUGAGCCGUCUGACACAGCGAUGGAUUUCUGUGAAGUCCAAGUGUUCGUCUGUGCUUCUGGCACUUUCGGUGAUGACUGCAGCCAGCUCUGCCACUGUCGAGAUGGACCGUGUAACUACGUAACUGGAGAAUGUUCUGGAGGAUGUAAACACAACUGGACUGGACGCACGUGCAGUGAAUGCAAUUCUGAUCACUAUGGUCCUUUUUGUGAACACUCAUGCUCCAGCAGACACUGUGAUGAACCACGUAGUAAAUCCUCAUGUGACCAAAAUACUGGACGAUGUGAUAACGGAUGCAUUACGGAAUGGAUGGGACCAGACUGUACACAAAAAUGUCCAGAAUUUACGUAUGGUAUGAGAUGUGCUAGGCACUGCAGUCAGCGACAUUGUCUUGGGAACUCAGCUUGUUACUUACCACAAAACACUUGCAAUAAGCAGCACAAGAAGAAUCGCUGCGACCACGGCAAGAGCAAUGGUGGCGAUAUAAUACCUGUUGCCCUCGGGACCAGUGACAGCUAG